CAUUUUUCUUUGCAGGAUAUUACGGCAGGCUGAAACGGUGUGCUCGGGUGCUGUGUAAGUGACUGGUUCGCUAGCAACAUGAGCGUUAGAACGGUGACCGAGACCGUUGCCAGCAACAGCAAGGCGGUGGUGGCUUCAACACCCGCCGCCGCAGCUUCCGCCAGCACACCAUUGCAACGGCCGUACGGUAAAAUCGUCCUCACGCUCGAAAACUGUCUGCUGCCGGAGGCUAAACUCGACCAAACACCGUCCCAAAGCGAUGGUCUCGACCGGGAAUCGGAAACCGACCUUCGGAUCCUCGGCUGCGAGCUGAUCCAGACGGCCGGAAUCCUGCUCAAACUGCCGCAGGUAGCCAUGGCGACCGGGCAGGUACUGUUCCAGCGGUUCUUCUACUCGAAAUCGUUCGUACGCCACAGCAUGGAAGCCACGGCUAUGAGCUGCAUCUGUCUGGCGUCAAAGAUCGAGGAAGCGCCCCGGCGGAUACGGGACGUGAUCAACGUCUUUCACCAUAUCAAACAAGUGCGCAGCCAGAGGCCCAUGCUGCCGAUGAUCCUCGAUCAGCACUACAUCAACCUGAAGUCGCAGGUCAUCAAGGCCGAACGCCGCGUUUUGAAGGAGCUUGGCUUCUGUGUGCAUGUCAAGCACCCGCACAAACUGGUCGUCAUGUACCUGAAGUACCUCGAGCUGGAGAAGCACCAGAACAUGAUGCAGAUGGCGUGGAACUUCAUGAACGAUUCCUUCCGCACGGACGUGUUCGUGCGCCACCAGCCGGAGACGAUCGCGUGCGCCUGCAUCUAUCUGACGGCCCGCAAGCAAAACAUUCCGCUACCGAGUAGCCCACCGUGGUUUGUGAUAUUUCGCGUCAGCGAGGACGACAUGCUGGACGUUUGCUAUCGCAUCAUGUCGCUGUACCGGCGCACGAAACCGGACGCCGACCACCUGGAGGCAGCGGUUGAUACGCUGAAGAAAAAGUACCAGGAGCAGCGGAAGAAGGACCGCCCGGAUACGAGCACCCCACCGACCGUCAUCACCGUCGACCGUAGCAAUGGAUCGCACAAUGCGUGGGGCGGUUUCAUACAGCGUACGCUUCCGCCGCCGAACAACACCGGCUCCGACACUAAUGCCAUCACUGCCACCGGCGGCGGAUUGAACAGCAGCAACCCGGGUGGGGUCCAUGCUGGCAGUGUCAAUAGUAGCACCAACUACAAUAACAACGAAUCAACCGAUGCCACGAAGACGCUGGUCGAUGGUCAAAAGUCGCGCUCGAGGUCGAAGUCCCGAUCCCGCUCCAAAUCACGAUCGCCGCGAUCCCAGUCGCACUCUCGAUCGCAUUCCCGCUCAAGAUCGCGCACCUCACGAUCCAAAACGAGAACUCGGUCGGGCAGCGUGUCACGGUCACGGUCCCGAUCUCGAUCACGAUCUCUACAAUCGCCCCGUCAUUCCGUAGGAGACGGUGGACAGGGCAAAAGCGGCGGCGGCGGCGGCGGUGUUAAGCGUGGCGCAAAAAAAUCACGCCAUAGAUCGAGAACACCGCCAAAGAUGACGUCUAGUUCGGGCGUGAAGAAAAAGUUGUCCCGUCUCUACUCAUCACGCACGCCAUCACCGGACUCGCCGCAGAAGUACAAAAAGAGUGAUAAGAAGUACGAAGUACGCCGCUCGGGGCGCGAUGAGCGAGGCAGCGACAAUCGUUACACAAACGGGUCCGAUGGUGACCGUGAGCGCGAUCGUGCGAAAGGCAACAACUUGAGCCUUGGUUCCAUGCUCGACCGUGAGCAGCGUGAUCGUCAACGGGAUCGCGAAAGAGAUCGUGAUCAGCAGCAGCUGGUGCGAGAUCACCGGGAUCGGGACCGGGUACGCUCCGAUAAGAGCGGAUACGAGCGGGACGAUUACCGUCGCAGCGAGAAGGAACAUCGGGGCAACGGAAAGCACGACAAGUACGGUUCCAGUCGACACAGCCCUGCCCACGGUCGCCAUCGGUCAUCGAAACAUGAGCGAGAUCGGUCACGCGACCGCGAACGGGAACGGGACCGACGGCGGUAAUCGCCAACGGUAAUCGGCCAAGGAUCUGUUGCCAUCGGGGCUAAGCGGUAUCGCUUUCUCAAUGAGUCCACUCAACACAAUAAAGUUCAACAAGUACCGGUAGGCAAAUCAUCAACCAUCUUCAACCUCCGUUCUGUUCUCUCGUGUGAUUCGUUGGUGCAUCGAAGUCUAUCGCCGGGGGACGAUCGAUUUAGGGAAUUGUGCCGAAUUAGCUUUAAUUUCGUUCGGGAGUGCGCAACAAACCAAUCAACCGUUCACGGACCGACUCCGUAUGACCCCGCGGACGGGAUCGCCAAUUUACCAGCGAUGGUAAAAUGGAAAUUGCCACCAGAGACAGAGACGAUUUUAACUACUCCGAUAGUGGGCGCCACACGCAUCAUGAUGCUUUCGGAGCAUACACUAAAUGCAACGGAACGAGAAACCGAUAAUAAAUAAG